AUGCCAAGUUUGGAUAGUAGUGAGAGCUCCAAGAGCAAAUACCUUUUCCAUUCACCAUCAACCCCUAAGAAUGAGGUGAAGCCUGAGAAGACGACAAACCUCAGUCAGACAGAUCCACCAAUAUCGUCGACGAAAUGUCUCCAAAAUUAUGUUUCCCCUCAAAUAAACGAUUCUCCGUCGUUGGGGCUGACCAUACAGCCCAUGGCGGUGAGAACGGGCAACAGUCCCGAGGAGUCCCAUGGGGAGUCGCUACCCAGCACUGCCCAGUACCCUGCGGAUGAAGAAACACGACCAAUCAACAGCAGUCAUAUCCUGAAGCUUCACCCAGAUACCGAAUGGGUAAAGGAUGGGUCUCACAGCUUGGUGAUGGCGGGUGAUAACCAACUGGGAAAUGAGAGCAGUUUGGUGUUUGAAGAAAUGAUUUCAGAGGAGGAAGAGGAGACAGGGGACCAUUUGGUGGAAAGAGGGUCACGCUCACGCAGCAGAAGAAGUUGGAUUUGGAAUCAGUUCUUUGUGAUUGAAGAGUAUGCCGGACCUGAACCUGUGCUUAUUGGACGGCUCCACACCGACAUGGACAGGAAUGAUGGACGUACCAAGUAUGUGCUCCGGGGUGAGGGGGCGGGCUCGGUGUUUGUGAUUGAUGAGAAGACGGGCAACAUACACGUCACCAAGCCGCUGGACCGUGAGGAGAAGGACGAGUACCGGCUCAUUGCCACGGCCACCGACCGGCAGACGGAGCGCGCCCUGGAGCCUUCGUCCCAGUUCAUCAUCCGGGUGCAGGACAUCAACGACAACCCACCUGUCUUUGAUGAAGGGCCCUACAGCGCCAUUGUGCCUGAGAUGGCCAACAUAGGCACGUCUAUAAUCCAGGUGACUGCAACAGAUGCUGACGACCCGACCUAUGGGAACAGUGCCAGGCUGGUAUACACACUGGUGCAGGGCCAGCAGUACUUCUCUGUUGAUCCCCAGACAGGUAUUCUGCGCACAGCUGUGCCGGAUAUGGACAGGGAAACCCAGGACCAGUAUCUCGUAGUGCUUCAGGCCAAGGAUAUGGGGGGGCACCUGGGUGGUCUUUCUGGGACGACAACUGUCACUGUCAGGCUCACUGAUGUCAACGACAACCCCCCACGCUUUACCCAGAGUAUGUGGUCGUUCUCUGUGUCGGAGCUGGCCAUCCCUGGGGCGGAGGUGGGCCGUAUCUCGGCAACUGAUGCCGACCUAGGCGAAAAUGCCAAGCUGGAAUAUACCAUCCUGGAGGGCGAGACAGGGGACACCUUCAACAUCACUGGGGUGAAUCAAGAGGCAGUCAUCACUCUCCACAAGCCGGUGGACUAUGAGAGCCGCAGCUCAUACUCCUUCUCUGUGGAGGUGCUGAACCCCAUAGUGGACCCCCGUUUCUUACGCCGUGGGCCCUUCAAGGACCGGGCCUCUGUCAGGGUCGCGGUACUGGAUGCAGACGAGCCUCCACGGUUCUCCCGGGCCCGCUACCACAUGGACGUAUCGGAAAACUGCCCGCCAGCCUGCACCGUGGGCCGGGUCAGCGCCGUGGACCCCGACACAGGCCUGACCAACAACAUCAGGUUUUCCAUUGAUCCUCAGUCUGACCCGGAAGCUCUGUUUCGUAUCACCCCGGACAGCGGUCUCAUCACCACGGCGAUGGAACUGGACCGCGAGCGCGAGCACUGGCACAACAUCACUGUCAUCGCCACUCAGAGAGAUAAUCCCAGCCAGGUGUCCAGGGUGCUCAUUGCAAUAGAGACCUUAGACUUGAACGACAAUGCACCUGAGCUGGACAGACAAUACACAACAGCAAUGUGCGACUCAUCUGUCACAGGACAGGUGGUGCAGGUGUUGCGGGCGAUUGAUAGAGAUGAGGGAGGGAAUGACAGCGCUGUGUAUUUCACCAUCCCCCCAGAGUCCAGCGCUGCCCUCAACUUCAGUGUCAGGGACAGCGGCGGUCCCACAGCCAGCUUGGUGCUGUUAUCCCAGCUCCAGCCUUUGUCUCGCUCCCCCUCUUCAACCCUCACCCUCUAUGUGCCCUUGGUCCUGCGGGAUGGGACGUCGGGCCUCACCAGCACCGGGACAGUCACUGUGUCCAUCUGUCCUUGCUUGAGAGGAGGAGCACGGACGGUGUGCCUGCCUCAACAGUCUACCCUUCCAUCUCCAGGGCUCAGUACCGCCGCCCUGUUGGCCAUCCUGGCUUGUGUGGCUACUUUACUGGCUGUCAGUGCCCUGUCGCUGUCAUUGCGCCGUCAGAAGCGUGACUCUUUGUCACCGCUGGAGGAGGACGACGUGCGGGAGAACAUCAUCACCUAUGACGAUGAGGGCGGGGGAGAGGCUGACACGGCCGCCUUCGACAUUGCAGCGCUCCAGAGCGCCCCCCACAGCUCCCGCACACAUGGCUAUCGCACUCUGGACAGCAGGAACAUACGUUAUGCCCAUCACAACCAGGACAAGCCCCGCACCUACAGCUGGGCCCAGAAUCCAGGUAUGGACCCAAACUACUCGGGACCAGGAGGGCCCCUCUAUGGCCGCCUUUGUUACAGUAGCCACACAUUACCUAUCCUCCGGCGCGCCCCCGGGGGCCCGUUUGAGCCAAGUCUGGGAUAUCACUUCUCUGGGGCCCCCCCGGACCACUCCCUGGUCAUCCAGAACCAGGGAGCCAUGGUGGGAACGAUGGAGUCCGGGCCCGUGUACAUAGGCCCAAAAGAACUGAGCACAGGAAGCCAGACAGGAAGUCGCGCAGGAAGCCGGGAUGGUACCGCGCCCCAGAGUGGCGUGAGCACUUCCGAUGGAGGAACACCGCGGACCAAUGACAGCCAAGAGAGAGGAGGCGGGACAGGGACGGCAAGCAACUGUACAGACGGCAGCAGUGAGGAAAAGCUAAGCCACGGUCAGAACGUGGACUGGGUGCAGUCGGAAACUCUCGCCAGGGAGCAUAACCUGGUCCUGACCCGCUCCGGCUCCAUGGUCGGACAGGGACGUGGCGCUGGCGGCUGGCUCUGCGACUCAGCCACACUGCCUGUGGGGGGACGCAGGGGUUCCCGCGUGGGACAAUCCCCAAAGCUCGCCGGCUCUGGUCCGGCUGAAUGUGACUCUGGUGCUGGUGGAGGUGGUUGUGGUGGUGGUAGUGGUGCGAGCGGAAGCGUCAGUGGUUCUGCAGAUGGCCAACCUCAACCGUUCAACAGUCGCAACUACGCCACCAUCCUGCAGGGGGAGGCAUCUGGGCAGCGGGACUACCCCGGCAGCCUGGGCAGGGGAGGGCUGGAGAUGGGCAGCAACUUUGUGGUGGCAAGGGCGGACAGAGAUGGUGGGGGGAUGACGAUAACAGGAACUCCUCCCGUCUACACAGAAGGGGCGGGGUAUCUCGGUGACUGGCGGGAGCGGGUGGGUCUCGGGGGGUAUGUGUUGGGUAGGAGGGAUAUGACUCCUCAGCUUUUGCCCUUUCCAGGGCAGGCCAGGGGGGCGUAUGGAGGGGUGAUCGGCUUCGGGGCCAGCUGGGUUCCCGGGAUGGAGGCGGGUAGGGGACCGCCUGGGCCCGGCGGUCCCUCCUUGGCACUGAGAGUCGGCGAGUUCCUCCGCCUGCGUCUGGCCCAGGUCACCUUUGAUCCCUCGCAGCCACCCUACGACUCCGUGCAGGUGUACGGCCUGGAGGGCACGGGGUCCCGCGCCGGCUCCCUCAGCUCCCUGGAGAGUGAAGGAGAGAAGGAAGCGGAGAAGGAGGACUGGGGGGGAGGGCUGGAGGAGUGGGGCCCGCAGUUCCAAAAGUUGGCUCAGCUCUUCAAAGAGAGGGAGAGAGAGAAGGACGAGCCGGAGAAAGUGGAUGAGGAGGGCGAGCAGAAGCCGAGGGAUGAGAAGGAGGAGUCGGUAAGGAAGGAGGGAGAGCGGCUAAUGAAAGACGAGGAAAAAGACUGA